AUGUAAAAUUUACUUAAUCUAAACUAUGUUGGCUCUAAUAAUAAGAGAGAAAAAGUCAAAAGAUGUAUUAUGACUAAAAUAAAAAGAAGUAGUUCUAAUGACCUCAAAUUAAUUCUUUAUCCUCUGACUUCAAAAACCGCAAAUAUUUUAUCUUUUAGAUAGAAAUUUAAUUCCAGAAGAAGAAGCACUUCUAUUUCAUAUUUUACACAUGAUUAAGAAUUAAAUAGAUAAUAAAAGUGUAUUCAAAUUUAGAUCGAUAAUAAAGAACAAUAAUAACCUAAUGAGGGCGAUGGUAAUUCUAAGCCAUCAUCAAAUAAUAUAAUUACAAACAAAUAAUGGGAUGAUCUAAAUAAUAUUUACGAAAGGAGAAAAAACGAUGUAAAUUUUAGACAAUUUAUAUAACAUUUUUAGUAGGAUGCUCUCUAAUUGGAAGCAUUAUAUUAUUAGCUUUCUUUUUUAGAGUUCCACCUAUCUGCCCCUUUAUAACUUCCACCUAUUUUAUGUUACUUUUUAUAUACUUUAAUUAUGUAUAGAGAUGAUAAAAGAAAACUUUUUAAUCAAUUUUCAGACACUUAUUUUGGGGAUGAUUAUUAUAAAAAAUUAAGAAAAUUUCAAGGUAGAUAUUUUAAAUAAAAACUUUAAAAUUAAUGCAUUUCACAAAUUUCUUUUUAUAAUGAACCAGAAGAAGAAUCUAUUUUACAUGAACUCAUGUUUUUCUAUUAUCUUGAUAAUUUGAUUCCCAACCUUGAUCUUGAUUAUAGUAUGCUUUUGGAUGAUUUUUUAUCAUACUUUUCAUUAUCAAACAUUAAAAAAAAUUUCAUAGAACUCUCUAUGAGAGAUGAUAAUAUUUUAAGAAAAAACAAUAUAGCAUUUGGAAAUAUUAGAUUUGUCUUCAAAAAAAAGGAUGGAUUGUUCAUUGAUUUUAAGUAACCAAUAGGAAGAUUUGAAAAUAUAUAAUUUCUUGAUUACGUUUAGUUUCAAGCUGAUUUUACUCAAUAAGUAUCCUCAGCCGAGCCUAUUAAAUAUUUUAAUUCAUAUCGUUCGGAGCCACAUAGCGAAAGGACUAUGAUUUUGUUUCUUUUGGCUGAUAUAUACCUAAAUUAAUCCAUAUUUCAGCAUUUAAAAUUAGAUUUGAUAGAUUCUCAACAGAUAAAUAAUAUCAUAAAUCUAUCCUAAAUCUACUUGGAAAUAACUAGUGAGAAAAGAGUUUGUAAAAAUUGUUUAGGCAUGUUUUAAUAGAUUCCAAUUGAAUUUAUUUGCUAGAAAUUUCAAGAAACAUUUGGAUUGGGUGUGGAUACAAGAUUUUAAUUCAUAAUCACCUAAUAGUAUUUAUUGGAUCCAAAAAUCUCUACAGAAAAAGAAAGAUACCAAAGAAUUUGGGUAAGAACAACUUAAAAAAAAUUCAAUUCAUAAUAUAAAUUCUUAAAAGAUUAAAAAAAAAAUUCGGAAGACUUUUAAAAGGAAAAUUAAUAAGAAAUUCCACUUCAGCUCAUUAUAGAAUAAAAUGAUUAAAAUGAUGAAAAUGAUUGUGAACUCGUGCAAAAACAAGAUUUACCUCAAUAAGACUCCAAAUAAUCACAUUAAUAAGAAGAUUUAAUAAAACAAGAAUAUUUAAUUUGCUACGAAGAGCAAGAACCCACUGGAUUAAUAUCUGUGUUGUUUUUAAAAGAAAGAUAUUGUAAAAGUUAAGUUUGCAAUUUUAAAACUAAAAUUCCUGAUAUCAAACUCACAAAUACAUUUUUUAUAAAUAAUGAAUCAUAAUUUUCAGAUACAAUUUCCCAAAAUAGUUUUAAUUAAGAUGAAAACUCGCAAUCAUCUAAAUAAAUUAAAUAUUAGAAAUAAUAAAAUAGAUUAUUAGAUCAGCUGCAAAAAAAAUAAUAUACACUUAUACAUCAUAUGAAUUUUAAGCACAAUAAUCCAGAAGAAUAGAAUCUUCAAAAAACAAAGAAACCUUAUACGAUAUAUGAAGAUUUAUUGUUAGAAAUUCAAUCUGAGUUUUACUCUUAUUUAAUAAGGAAGUUUACAUCUGAUUUUUAAAUGUUUGAUACUGAGCUUUUUGAAUUAGAUAAAAUUUUGCAAUUAUAUUGGGAAAUAGGACUUCUUAAAGGACAAUAAAAUGGCUUAAUGAAUAUUUUAAAGGAAAAAUUAAUGCUGAAUAGUAUUCUUGAUUGUGGAUAAUUUAAUUUGAAAUUAUUUAUCUAGGAUUAUUAAUUUAUAAGUGAAUGUAGAACUACAUAAAUUACAAAUGAAAUGAAAAGUAAUUAAUAGAGCAGUAAAACUUCAGCUAACUUUUAUAUAUUAAAGUUUUAUGGAUUGAAUGAGUCUGGAGAAUUUAAAAGAAUUGCUUUAUCAAUUUAGGGCUAAAGUUGUUACUAAUUAAUUCAACAAUUUGAUGAAUAACUUUAAGAAGAAAUAAAAAAAUUUAAACGGCUUAUAAUAAUUAUUUUAUCGAUUAACUAGAUCAACAAUUAAUGCACCGAAACAAUUUACAACCACAUAUUAAAUUUAUAACAUCCCAAAUUUGAACUCAAACAUUAUUUUUUUGAACAAAAUACAAGGGAUCAAACCUAAAAGGAGAGGCACAAAUCAACUUCGAUAUCAGAAUAAUAAUUGAUUCUUUUAGAAAAAGAUUUCUUUUUACAUCGAUAUGCGCUUCAGGAUUAAAAUUGUUUUUAACCUUUUAAGGAGUUGAGUGAGAAAUUUGAUCAAGAGUUGAUGAGCUUUGAAUGCUAAGUCCAUACUUGGAAUGUCAAUUCAUGA